UAAUAAAAUUGGAUCUUGGUAGAUUUGGCUUCUCAACCUUUUCUCCCAUGAUAAAAAGCUUAAGCCUCUUAAACCAAAAAGAUCUUAAAUUUACGUUCACGUAGUGAUUAAGAAGAGGAAGAGAGGAAAAAUGCUGAGGUCAUUCACAAGAAACUUCAAACUCAUUGCGUCAAAGGGUUUGAUCCCCAAGCCAAUCACCUCUAUUCUCCACUAUUCAACUUCUUCUUCAAGAAAAUUAGAAGGCAAAGUCGCGGUCAUAACAGGCGGUGCAAGCGGCUUAGGAAAGGCCACAGCGGAGGAAUUUGUAAGCCAAGGUGCUCAAGUCAAUAUUGUAGAUAUAGACGAGGAGGCUGGUCGUAUGGCCGCGACCGAACUUGACUUAGCCGCAAAUUUCAUAAGAUGUGAUGUCUCUGUGGAGGAACAAGUCGCUAAGGCCAUGGAAACCGUCGUGGCUCGCCAUGGGAAGCUCGACGUAUUGCUUAAUAGCGCCGGAAUAUCAUGCUCUAUAUCACCACCAAGCAUAGCGGACCUAGACAUGGACAUAUACGACAAAGUGAUGCGUCUCAAUGUGCGAGGUACCAUCUUAGGUAUAAAGCACGCAACUCGAGCCAUGAUCCCCGCUGGGUCAGGCUCCAUACUUUGUCUAUCUAGCAUCAGCGGCUUGAUGGGUGGGUCAGGCCCACAUGCAUACUCAGGGCUUGACUGGUUCGGCACCUCAAUCUCUAAGUUCACAAUACCGGGGGUGGUCAAAACGGUCGCUGGUGAGCUGUGCAAGCACGGCAUAAGGAUCAACUGUAUAUCACCUGCAGGUAUCCCUACGCCUCUAACGCUAAGGAUGUUUCGCGAAGUAUUUACGGGUCACGACAUUCCAGAGGAACAGCUUGUGACGAUUGUGAACGCGGGAGGAGAGUUAAAGGGAGAGAAGUGUGAAGAGAGAGAUGUGGCUAAAGCGGCUUUGUAUUUGGCAUCAGAUGAUGCUAAGUUUGUGACUGGGCAUAACCUUGUUGUUGAUGGUGGAUUUACAUGUUUUAAGUCUCUUAAUCUUCCUUUUCCUUAGUAUUCAAGCUAAUUUAAGUAUUUUACUGUAUUGCAAUAUUGUUAAUUAAGACUGUUUUGGGUUAAUUAUUGAUGUGAUCUUUUGUA